AUGGAGCAUGGCCACUUGAAGGAGUUGGAAGUCGAUGUCUCGAGAAUUCUUCGUGAAGAAGGAAUUGAAGAUAUAGACGGUGAUGAAUCUCCGUACCCAGAAGUUCGUGCUGUUGUCCCUGCUGUGGAUGAUCAAGCGAUCCCAGUAAACACCUUGCGAAUGUGGAUAUUGGGCUUUGCGUUCACCAUGAUUGGAUCUGGAAUCAACCAGUUCUUCAGUCUCCGGUAUCCGUCUGUCCAUAUUGUUGCUCUUGUGGCCGAAUUGCUCGCAUAUCCGUUUGGAGUCUUCCUUGCCAAAGUACUGCCCAUCUAUACGAUCAACUUGGGUCCACUGGGAAAAUGGUGCAUCAACCCAGAUCGACAUUUCAAUAUCAAAGAACACACCGUCAUUACGAUUAUGAGCAAUGUCAGUUUUGGUUUUGGAUCUGCAGACUCGACAAACACCAUCCAAGCUGCAAAAGCGUUCUACAAUUUCGAUUUGAAGCCUGGGUUUUCGGUCCUGAUCGUGCUAUGCUGUCAAUUGCUAGGUUUUGGAGUGGCAGGGCUUUCUUCACCAUGGCUGGUGGAGCCUGCUACGAUCAUUUGGCCAGGUGUCUUGUCAAACUGCGCUCUACUCUCGACUUUGCAUUCACGAGCAAAUGCCAUUGCGAAUGGUUGGAAGAUCAGCAGGCUGCGAUUCUUCAUGUACGUGAUGGUAGGGGCAGGUGUUUGGUACUUCUUCCCCGGCCUAAUGUUCACGGCUUUGUCGUAUUUCACUUGGGUUUGCUGGAUCGCUCCCAACAACUUGGUUGUCAAUCAUCUCUUUGGAAUGGUGACUGGCUUAGGUCUUUCUCCAAUCACUUUUGAUUGGUCUCAGGUUGCGUAUAAUACGAAUCCUCUUUUAUCACCCAGUUGGGCUGCCAUCAAUGUGUUUGUCGGGUUCGCGGUCUUCUUCUGGAUCGUCACUCCAGGAUUAUAUUAUGCUAACGUCUGGUUUCUGGCAUACCUCCCUAUCUGUACAGCUGAUCUGUAUGACAAUACUGCCCAAGUGUACAAUGUCAGUCGAGUCAUGAAUAGCGACGGAACGUUCAACAUCCCAGCAUAUGAAGCCUACUCUCCACCAUUUCUUCCAGCCACAUUCGCUUUCGUCUACGGAAUCUCCUUUGCUGCCCUCACUGCCGUUCCAGUCCACAUUUACGUCUGGCACGGAACCCAAAUAAGAGAGGCGUUUGCAGGCAGAACCAAAUUGGACAUCCACGCACGAUUGAUGAGGCUUUACAAGCGCACUCCCUGGUGGUGGUAUGGUAUAGUCACUGCGAUCAUGGUCGUUAUUUCAAUGGUUAUGGUUCAUGUCUACAGCACUGGGCUACCUGUCUGGGCGAUCAUCUUGGCUACCAUCAUCCCAGCGCUUUACAUGAUUCCUUGUGGCAUCAUACAGGGUAUCACGAAUGUGGAUGCUAAUCAACUCAACGUCCUGGCAGAGUUCAUUGGUGGAUACAUGUUCAAUGGAAAACCUCUUGCGAACAUGAUCUUCAAAGUCCUUUCGACGGAUGUGGUGGGUCAGGGACUAUACUUCGCUCAAGAUAUGAAGCUUGGACACUAUCUCAAAAUUCCACCUAGGACACUAUUCUUUGCCCAAGGAAGCGCAACGAUCUUAGGCGCCCUCACACAAACUGGUGUUACGUUAUGGAUGCUUGGGAAUGUCAAAGGCAUCUGCGAUGCAGACCAAUCAAACGGCUUCAGCUGCCCCAAUGGUCGAACAGCCUUCUCUUCAUCGGUCAUUUGGGGAGCUAUUGGACCAGCACGAGUCUACUCCAUCGGCAAGAUCUACUCCGGCCUUCUUCACUUCUUCUGGAUCGGCGCUCUCAUGCCAGUAGUCACGUGGUUGAUCUGGAAGUAUUGGAAGAGAGCCGAUGGAACAAGCAGAGAAUGGAUCAGUCUCGUCAAUUGGCCUCUCAUUUUCGUCGGAACCUACAAUGUUCCACCUGCUACUGGUAUCAACUACAGCAGUUGGGCAUUGGUGAACAUCAUUUUCAAUUACUGGAUCAAGAGGAAAUUCUUUGCUUGGUGGACCAAAUAUAAUUACGUCCUGGCUGCUGCUUUAGACACCGGGCUUGCUCUGUCCGCCAUUGUCAUUUUCUUCUGCAUCACGUACCCAGGAGCAGUUUUUCCUGAUUGGUGGGGAAAUAAUGUUUAUUUGAAUACGGCUGAUGGGCAAGGACUACCUUGGCUCCAGCUUCCCGAAAGUGGAAUGUUUGGACCACCAAAUGGGACAUGGCAUUGA